GAUACCACUAAAGUUGCAGUGAAGAAGCUGCGGGCAUUGUGAGGCUGCAGGGCAGGUUUGGGCACUUCUCCUGCUCCCUGUGCAGGACAGUGGCUGCAGCGCUGCCUCUGCCCCUGUCGCGCAGGCAGCGGCCGGUGUGAUGCUGCUGUUUUAACCGAUGUGAUGUCACAGUUUUGUGUGCUUCUGGAUUUGGCUGAAGAAGAUGGCGGCCUCCUCAGGAGUUAAAGUUCCACGCAAUUUUCGCUUGUUGGAAGAGCUUGAAGAGGGUCAGAAGGGCGUUGGAGAUGGCACAGUCAGCUGGGGCCUCGAAGACGACGAAGACAUGACUCUCACACGGUGGACAGGCAUGAUCAUUGGACCAGCAAGAACUAAUUAUGAGAACAGGAUAUACAGUCUGAAAGUGGAAUGUGGACCUAAAUACCCAGAGGCACCCCCGACUGUUAGAUUUGUAACAAAAAUUAGCAUGAAUGGGAUAAAUAAUUCCAACGGGACGGUGGAUUCACGUAGCAUACCAAUAUUAUCGAAAUGGCAAAAUUCUUAUAGCAUUAAAAUUGUUCUUCAAGAGUUAAGGCGUCUAAUGACGUCCAAAGAAAAUAUGAAGCUUCCACAACCACCAGAAGGACAAACCUACAGCAAUUAAUUGUAACGGAUUGUUUUGACCCUCUGUCUUAAACCUUACUCUUAGAAAUAUUGUGUAAAUCAUCAAGAGGCUCACUUCGCACAUCAACAAUAUCAUCUGCAAGAGCAAGAUUGGACUUUCUUAUUACUUAGCUCAUUGAAAAAAAAAAAUGUCCCUGCAGUUAAGCACUGAAUAGAUAGUUAAAAGACUACAAGUGCACAGUUAUCCCCCUUUAUUGAAAUUACUUUGACUAUAACCUUUAUGUUUGACAUGUUCCAACUUAAGUGGGCUUGAGGGAAGCAUGACACCACGCAAAAGGCUGUACCAGAGUCCCAACAGUUGUAUGUUCAAAUGACUGGUCACUGAAACCAACAGCAAGAUUUGUGUAUGAUGGCAUGCUCUGUAACUAAUAAAUAGAUGAAGUGAAGCCACAUUUUGAGUUGUUAGUCAAAUUAGCAGGUUCAUUGAAAUAUCAUACAGAUUGCUGAAUAUUGAACUGUGGCUGUAGUCUAAAAGUAGUGUCACAAGGUGAGAAAGAUUUUUUUUAUAUAUAUAUAUCUGUAUUUGACACAAUACCAAUAUGUUUCUGUUCUACAGCUCUUUGACAUGUAACAGACGUUGAAGCCUGUUCUGUUCUGAAACCCUUGCAUUUAACUUCUAGUGAAAAUGGCAGGUGUAUGAACUUGUGAUUUUCUGAAAUUAAAAUCACUGUCUGCGAAUAAA